CCAUGUUAGUAAAAAUUUUUAAUCUCACAAUCCCCUUUAUUUCUCCACGAGCCGCACUAUUACGUAUCUGCCGCGGUGUGGCUGUCGGCAGCAAAACGUGGCGUUCUAGCGGGUUUGGUGCUUUCACAUGCUUCCAGCAUCUGAUUAUCCGCAAUAUGCACAGACCGGGGCACGUCCCCAAAGCUCAGGUCAGGUCAUCCCAUCAUGGCUUUUCGUCUCCAUUCCCUGCAUCUCUCGCAGCUCCCCCGCCAGUCCGUCCUUGGCAGCUCAAUGCUACAGACUUUUAGACCGGAUUACUGGCACUAGCACGUACGGAGUGAAUGUGUUAGUCCGUGCCGUUGCGAGGCUAGAGCGGGAGCAGUUAGCAGUGUCCAUGGUGAUGGGAUCGGUCAAGCUGACUGUCAGAUGCGAUGCUGCAGAGAGAGGCAGAGGCGUUGCUAACUUGCUGCUAAUUCAGUAUUACAAUACAGUAUCCCGGCCGGAUCCCCUGCAGGCUGAUCAUCUCACCGCGGAUUCAAACAUCAUCGUCGUCCAUGAUGGCUCAGUAGACUACCUACUACUCGUACUUCAUCUUGUCUGUGCCGUUUCUUCUCUCUGAAUCUCGUAUAACGCCACAGCCAACAGCAGUCCGUGCCUGAGCACUGGCAUCUCACACACAACGCGGCAAGGAAAUUGGACAAUAUCUCGUGGGUGACGACGCCCCGCAGCCACCACCAAUGCCAUGCCGGCGUCAAUUUGCAUCGAAAUUCCUUUCUCGCCGAGCUCACCAAUGGCGGCCUUGUGCCCUCCCCCUUGGCCGAGGUCAACUUUGGUCUUGAUCAGAUUUUUUAACCCUCUACGGCUCGCUGGCAGCUAAAAUGAUGUGCC